UAAGCAGCCACCAUGUCAAGCAAAAAGGCCAAGACCACCAAGAAGUGCCCUCAGCGUGCAGCAUCCAAUGUAUUUGCCACGUUUGACCAGUCACAGACCCAGGAGUUCAAAGAGGCCUUCAGUAUGAUUGAUCAGAACAGAGAUGGUUUCAUCAACCAGGAAGAUUUGCAUGAUAUGCUUGCUUCUCUAGGGAAGAAUCCCACUGAUGCCUCUCUUGAUGCCAUGAUGAAUGAGGCCCCAGGACCCAUCACCACGUUCCUCACCAUGUUUGGUGAGAAGUUAAAUGGCACGGAUCCUGAAGACGUCAUCAGAGAGGCUUUUGCUUGCCUUGAUGAAGAAGCAACAGACAUCUUUCCGGAAGAUUACCGGAGAGAGCUGCUGACAGCCAUGGGCGAUCGGUUCACAGACGAGGAAGUGGACGAGCUGUACAGAGAAGCACCUAUCGACAAAAGCGGAAAUUUCAAUUACAUCGUGUUCACGCGCACCCUUAAACACGGAGCGAAAGACAAAGAUGACUAAAAGAACUUUAGCUAAAACCUUCCGUUACAUUGUCUUACUCUAUUUUUUAUUUUUCAGACACGUCCCCCGUCCUUAUAGAACCUGUUGCAUGCAACUUAGUUUCACAGCUUUGCUUUUUUUUUUUUUCUUUUUUGGUGUGUUUAUUC